ACUUGGUGUCCGCCCCCCAGGGCGUGCAGCAGGGAGCAGUGCAGCAGCAGGUGGCGAGGCACGGGGGAGUGGUGUCUGCCAAUCUCAGCCGCGCCGUCACCCACGCCGUCGCACACUCGGCAGAAAGCGGCCGUCGCUUCAAGGCCGCUGUGGGUGCUGGCGAUGUGCUGUCGUACAAUUGGCUGCAGGAGUGUCUGCAGGCCAGCAAGCUCAUUCCGCCCAAGUCCAAGCACUAUCUGCAUCUGUCCCCGGGCACGGCGCAGCGGCAGCAACAGCAGAUGGACGAGUUUGGGGACUCGUACACGGAUGACAUCGCUGACACACAAGAGCUCAAACAGCUCUUUGCAAGGAUGCCCAAGCCAGUGGCUGAAGCAGUGGACAGCAGAGACUUGGCUCGAUACCGGCAGCAGAUGUGUGUGGAGUCCGGUGCCGUGAACACGUGCAUCUUCCAAGGGGUCUCGCUCUUCGCACUGCCCUGCCUCCCCGCUUUGCACCAGCAGCACUCGUGGGGCGAGUGGCAGUGUGUGAGUGACAGCAUGGCGGGGCGCAGGGCAGUGCUGGAGGUGGAGAUGGGGGGAGGCACCGUCGCGCCCAAGCUGUCAACGCACGUCACGCACCUGCUGCUGCCGCCGUGCCUUGCUGUGCCGCGCCAAGAUGAUGUGGCGGCUACUGUGGAGAUGUAUGAGGAAAGACUCACAGCAUCGGAGCUUGCCCUUCUUUCUCGUGCCCUGUCAGUCCAUGCGCCGUCACCACCAGCCGCAGCCACGACAGAAGAAGAAGAAGCAGCAGCAGCACAGCCACAGCCCCGCACGUCCACCCGGCAGCUUCCCCCACACGUGCCACGAGUUAUCACUGUUGCAUGUGUGGAGAGCAGACUAAAGGGGCAAGGGGAGGAGGGGCCCUGGGAAGGAGUUGGAGGGCCCAGCUGUCCUGCUUACCCCGAAUCUUCAGACGAUGGUGGGGGGGAAGGGGGGCAGGACGAGGAAUGGGGGAGCAGCACAGACUCAGGUGGCGCUACUGCCGCCCCUGGUGAUGGUGACCAUGGGGAUGGUAGUGAUGGGGAUGGUAGUGGGAAGGAGGAGGAGGAGGAUGAGGAGACGACAGACGAUGAGGGCGGUGGAUCAGAGGCAGGAGAGGGACAAGCGACAAGGUCGGAGGGGGUGGGUGAAGCAAUGCGACAGCAGGUGGAGGAGGAGAGAGUGCCUGGUAAGAUUGCCGGCAGCACAAAGGAUGGUGAUUGCGGGUUGAGUGGAUUGCGGCCGCAUUCACUUCCCAGGAGUCAGUCAGGCACAGCUGACCCAGGAGCAUGUGGGGCAGGUGGAUCUGGGGCAGGUGGGUCAGAUGCAUCUGGGGCAUGUGUAAGUGAGUGGAAAGAACAAGAGCAGCAUGAGAGCAAGCGAUUACGGAGAGAGGAAAGGCAAGGCAAUGAGGAGCUAGUUACGGUGGCAGGAGUGAUGAGUGAGGGCAGUGGGGAGGCGAAUGAUGGUUUCAGAGAAGAGAUGGAUGAGAUGGCGAGGGAGGGAAGCCCAGACGAGAGAGAGAUUAGGAAUGGAUCGGGGGAGAGUGAGGAGGCAGGGAGCAGAUUUGGUACUGGGAAUGGGGCAGGCAAGGUGGAGAGGCGGGGAAAUGAUGGUGGUGAGACAGGAACAGGUGGUGGCAAUGACAAGGUGAAAGGCAUGCUGGACUUUUUCUUCAGUUAACCUACGUACGGUUGGUAUAUAUCUGAACAUACUCUUCAACUCAUAACAAUAUCCUUGGCACAGGUACCUCAGAUGUACAUACCGGUAGUACCUAGCCCUAGUUCACUAGAGAGCACAACGUGAUGAUUGGUUGCAUUACUGCUGUACGGUGGCCCCACAAUCUUUUAGUUUUCCAUGGUU